AUGGUUGAAGGUUAUGUCCGUUUGGUUGGUACUCGUGACCCUCUGGUGGGUCGGUAUCGUGAACCUCUACCGGAACCUGAUGCAAGGAGUGUGANNNNUACUCCGAUUUUGGUGGAGUCGGUCUCGUUUACUGCGAGUUUUUCCUUCCCUUUGGUUGCCUUUAUCAUUGCUACUAUCGUUUUUGUGGCUGGCAAUCUAAUGGGACGUUAUGUGAAGCCGAAGCCUCAAGGUUCGGCUGUUCUUGAAAUUCUCAAGGUCAUCUUUUUCUCUGUCACAAGAUGCUCUCUGGAAAAGAACAAGGAGUCUAACGGUGGUCGUUUCAAGGAUGGUUUCAUCGAGGAUGCAAAGGCGUUGUUUCGACUGGUGCCUUUAUUUUCCCUCAUCAUCCCUUUUGUUAUGGCCUAUAACAAUAUGACUACUGCGUUCUUGACACAGGGUAAGAAAAUGGACACUAGUCUCUUCGGUUGGCAGAUGCCAGCUCAGAUGAUGCAGAAUGUCGAUCCUAUCGCUGUUGUUUUAACCAGUGUUUUGGUUGAUACGGUUUUAUUCCAUUUUCUGAAGAAGCGUAAUAUGAUGCCCCCAGUGUUGGUUCGUUUUUGCAUUGGUUCAUUGUGUGGCGCUGCCUCCCUGCUUGUGGCCCUUGGUGUGGAGUACAUGGUCAUGUCAAAGCCUGUCUUUUCUGUCUCUAUUUGGUGGCAGAUUCCUCAAUUUUGGCUUAUCGCUGCAGGUGAGAUCUUCCUCAUCUCAACUUCAUACGAAGUUGCAUUUACUCACUCCCCGGGUGCACUCAAGGCCGUUGUCUCUGCCUUCAAUUUGUGCUUCUUCUCCAUCUCUAAUGUUCUGUCGGCCACGCUUUUCCAAAUCUGCGAAAGUUGGCUGCCUAAUUUUGAUAUGGAGAAUCCUUCUCAAGAGGCUGUCACCGAUGCGCACUAUGACUACUAUUAUAUGGUUCUCGUGGCGUUAUGUAUUGUUGGUGCGAUUGCUUCUGUGUCUAUGAUACCUUACUUUAAUAAGGUUGCUGCUAAGAAUGCUGCAAGGAAGGCCGAGGCAGAACGUGAGGCGGUGAAGGUGGAAGAAAAAGAUGAUGAAGUUGCUGUGAACGUUUAA